CACUCACGGGUCGGACGUGACGUAAGGAGGGUUCCGGCUUCGGCCUCCGCCGCUGCCUCCGCUACAAUAGCCGCCGCCGCUGCCGUCGCCGCGGCUUGUUCUUCCUAAAAUGGCGCCGCUGGAUUUGGACAAGUAUGUGGAGAUAGCGCGGCAGUGCAAGUACCUUCCCGAAAACGACCUGAAGCGGCUGUGUGACUAUGUUUGUGAUCUGCUCCUCGAAGAGUCGAAUGUUCAGCCAGUGUCGACGCCAGUAACAGUAUGCGGGGACAUACAUGGGCAGUUUUAUGAUCUUUGUGAACUGUUCAGAACUGGAGGUCAGGUUCCUGACACAAACUACAUAUUUAUGGGUGAUUUUGUAGACAGAGGUUACUAUAGUUUGGAGACCUUCACUUAUCUUCUUGCACUAAAGGCUAAAUGGCCUGAUCGUAUUACACUUUUAAGAGGAAAUCAUGAGAGUAGACAGAUAACACAGGUGUAUGGAUUUUAUGAUGAGUGCCAAACCAAAUAUGGAAAUGCUAAUGCCUGGAGAUACUGUACCAAAGUUUUUGACAUGCUCACAGUAGCAGCUUUAAUAGAUGAGCAGAUUUUGUGUGUUCAUGGCGGCUUAUCUCCUGAUAUCAAAACACUGGAUCAAAUUCGAACUAUUGAACGAAAUCAGGAAAUUCCUCACAAAGGAGCAUUUUGUGACCUGGUGUGGUCAGAUCCUGAAGAUGUAGAUACUUGGGCAAUCAGUCCCAGAGGAGCAGGUUGGCUUUUUGGAGCAAAAGUCACGAAUGAGUUUGUUCAUAUCAACAACUUGAAACUCAUCUGCAGAGCACAUCAGCUUGUGCAUGAAGGCUAUAAAUUUAUGUUUGACGAGAAGCUGGUCACAGUGUGGUCUGCUCCUAACUACUGCUAUCGCUGUGGAAACAUUGCUUCCAUCAUGGUCUUCAAAGAUGUCAAUACGAGAGAGCCAAAGUUAUUCCGGGCAGUUCCAGAUUCAGAACGUGUUAUUCCUCCCAGAACCACGACGCCGUAUUUCCUUUGAGGCCUUUGCCAUCCCGCUGGCCCACUUUUUGCCCUCUUUUACCCCAACUUUCUUGUACCCUCUACAAUAUACUUUUUAUUGAGCACUUUGCUGCUGAAAUGCUGCCUCUUGCCUUUUUUUUUUUUUUAAUUUUAAAUUAUCUAAAUUUAUUGUUUGUUAUGGUGUCAAUAGCAGUGUUUUUCUAUCAAUUUUGCCACUCAUCCCAUCCCCACCUUGGACUCGUUUGAGAAGACUUGAGAAAUGUCUUAAUACUCAUGUUGCUGCAUGUAGCUCUUGCAUAUUUGCUGUUCUGGGGAGACAGGAAGUGUUUCCCUUUUUAAAAAGCCAAUUGACAAUUUACAUGGAAAUCCUCCUCAUUUGUAUCAGCCAGCCUUCUGUUUUUGUUUGGUAGGGUUUAAGAAAUUUCAGCAGCAAAGUUGUCCAGUGGGCAGGAUGGACUGCAUAUGCCUGAGUCAUGUACCCUUGUCCCGGCUGUAAACUUCACUGUCCUUUGUUGGAUGAUAAUUUGAUGUUUUAAAGGGGUAUAAAAAUAAAUUGGUCUAAAGGGCUGCCCUCCUUGUUGUGUUUUUAAAUUUUAGUUUAAAACUGCUACAGCUAUGACUUUGUACAUUAAGAUAAUUGUACUGAUCUUUUUUCAGAUUUCUUGUAUUUUUUAAUAAAGUAAUCUUAAAACCCAGAUAGGUUAAGUGUUAGAAAUUUUAAGCAACUUACAUUGUUAGCUUAAAGUUACUUUUUUCUUUCUUUCUUCCUUUUUUUUUUUCCGUUUUCUCAAGAGUUUUUGACCCUUUGGUUGAGUCUAAAUUUUCAAUUGAAAUUCAAUAUUUUUUUAAAAAAAUCACUAAAUUGUGCCUAAAGAACAUAACUGCCAUAUUAAUGUUUUGAUUUCUAUCCUCUAUAGUAAUAGAAAAACAUUUAAUACUUGUAGCACUGACGUGUUGAUUAAAUACCAGUUGAGUAGAAUGUGCUUGAUACCAGUUUACACUGUCAUGAGAAUCAUCAAGUAAUCACAUGUACUUUUCAAUAGCAAGCAUUCUCUCACUGUAACCCUUGACCUUAACUUUUACAAACUAUUCAGUUUUAACUGCAACUUUAAAGGCUGAAAAAUCAGAACCCUUGUGUUUGUGAACUGUAAUCUGAAGCAGAUUAUUUAAAGUGUGGGAAGAAACAGACUGUCCUCUUGUGAACGUCUGUCAUACCAUAUUUCAGCUUUGUGUAAUUUGACUAUCUAAAGGGUUAUGAUGAUCAGUUCUUGAUAUGUAUUGUCCACUUAAUAAGGACAAGUAUAUCAUUAUCUCUUAUGACUGUGGUCAUAGAUGAUUUCGGGAUGUACCAUCUUGUGAAAUUGUUGGUAUCCCUUUAUGACUAUAAUUGUUUUUUGUCAUCCCAGGAAACCGUGUGAAGCCGAUUGAUAAAGCACUUUAGCAUCUGUUCAGGUAAUUUAAAAAACAAAAAACUUUUCCCCUUCAGGAUAAGAACUUCCAGGUUAUCUAAAAAUGCAAUAAAAAAAAAAUCUUAAUAGUUUAAGCUUCUUGGCAAAUAAUCUUUCAUCAGGGUUUCUUUUACUGAAUGAGCACAAUCUUAGUUUGAUUUUAUUUGUCCCUAACCACCCAGCUCCUUGUAUAGUUUUUAAUUGUGUAGCUCUAUGAAAGAAGUGGCUGAGGCAUUUGCAGCACACACUUGAACUAAUAGUGGGUCGGUAGCUUUGUCUUACUGCCCUAACCCCAGUGUAAUUCAGGUGGAAAGGUAUUUUUAUCUCACAGGAAUAUGUAGCUAUGUAUUUUACUUAAUUGCGAAACACUGGAAUUAAUGAUGCAGACAACGUGGUGUGGUGUUUUUUUUAACAGCUCUGCAGUAUUUUUUUGUUCUUGUUACCGUAAAUUGUAUUUAAGUGCUUGCCUUCCACUGCUUCUAAGUUGUAUCAGUAAAACCAGUUACUCUCAGUCGCCUUUCCACUUCACACUCCUUAGCUUAGUUGAUGUGGUUGUUUUCAUUCACCUUGAAAUGUGACUUAUUUUCAAGUCAUGGUGUACUAAACUUGUUUGUCACUAGCUGGGCAUGUGCCAAUAAUAUUCUGUCCAUUCCUUAACUGCCAUCUCUGUUUUGCCUGACUUUUCUUCAGCUGAUAAUGGCUUUAGGGCAUGGAAAAACUAGUUUUUACUAUUAGAUGUGUGAAGGAAAGAGAGUGAAUGUAUUGGACUUUGUAAGCCUGGAAAUAAUUUGGAUCCCACUACUAAACAAGGGCUAUGUAUUAUACAAGAGUAAUUGUGUGGUAGGAGAUACUUGCAAGCCAUUGAUCUGUAGGCGAGGGAAUUUGCUACUCCCUGUAUGUAGGCCGAAUGUAAAAUCCCUUAUGUUGUAUCAGUGGAGCUAAGAACUAUUUUUAUUUUCCUGUGAUAUACUUGGUUUCUAAUAAAGUGUCCGAGCCUCCAGUGAGAACUGUCUACUUUGAAUUGCCAUUUUCUCCCUCUCUUUAUUUGGCUGAAAGACUCUUGGCUAGCUUUCCAUAGGUCAAUGAAGAAUCUCAUUUCUUUAAAUGUGUUCACUCGGACGGGAUUCUAAAAAGCCUUGAUUACAUCUAAUAUGCAAUCUGUAUCAGCUCCUAUUCCAUCUGGAUGUCUAGAACUGUUGGAAGAUUUUGACAUCUUAAAUGCUAAGUUUUGCUUUUGAAAUAAGGUUCAAAAUGUUCAUUGCAUUUAAGAUCUGUGUGUGUUUGCUCUGUAACCCCAGCUCUGGGAGUUGAAAAAUGCCUGUACUGUGAAAGCCUGCCAUUGUCAGAUGUAGAAUCACUUUUGUCAGCUUUGAAAAUUGUGUACAAAGUUGAAGAGAUUUAACUACAAAUUUAUCUACAAGAAUCCAAUUUUUAAGUGUCAUUGUUUUUUAAAUGCUAAUGUUUGUAAAGCACCUCCAGUUCUUUGAAUGAAAGGUGCUACAUUCCCUCAGUGUCAAUUAAUAAAAAGAUUAUAGGAAGUUUGUGAAAAAUAA